AUGAGUCGAACUGAGGCUAGAGAACGGAAUGAUAUGAAGUACAUGGAGACGGGUAGUAGUGGGAUGCGAGGGCAGGCGGAACGAGAGCGUUCUUCACAGGUGGAGGAUGGGGAGGAGGAGGAUGGGGCGUUAGUUGAGGAGGAGGAGGAGGAGGAGGAAGAGGAGGAAGAGGAGGAAGAGGAGGAAGAGGAGGAGGAAGGGGAGACACGUUGUGUUUGUGGGGAGUUGGAUCCUCCUGAUGUCUCUGGUCUGUAUAUCCAGUGUGAAGAAUGUUCUGUUUGGCAGCACGGGUAUUGCGUUGGCAUUAUUGAAGGGGAGAGCACGCCGGAUAAGUACUGGUGUGAGCAGUGUAAACCGUCUUUGCAUUCUUUGUAUACCAAUGAUUUGGGAAGAAAGCGGUCUAACUACAAGCCCACACAGCAACGGCGUCGGCAGAACAGACGAGUGAAGCGUGGUAUGGAGCGGUCAGGCGAGCAGUCGAUUGGUGAUCCAUAUGAAGUUUUGCAGGAACCCCAGGGGGUUAAGGAAGAAGAAGAGGAGGAGGAGGAGGAAGAGGAGGAAGAUGUGGACUAUUCCAAGAGUAAGGAAAAUGGUAAUAAGUUCGAGCGGAGUGCGAAUUCUAGCGAUAGGGACAUACAGGAGCAUAAUAAUUCCACGAGUAGUAAUGAACAAGAUGAGAAGAGACUUUUGAAUCGGAAAAGGGCCACAUUGAGUGCGAGAGAAGAAAAACACUAUCAAUUAAUGUUAGAGAAGGCUAUUCGUGAAAGUAGACGUACGUCGCAGCCGGAAGAAAUUCUCAAGGCGGAGGACAAGGAUUUGUCCGAUAAAGAGUUGUCAGAUUCAGAGACGUCGCCUACUACAGCGACGUCUACAACGUCUAUAGGAACCAUUGCCCCAAUUCCCGCAGCUAAAAGUGAAUCAAACAGACAUUCUUCUACGGAGGAACUCGGUGCUACGGCGAGUGCCAGAUUUAUUUCAUCAGGUUCGGUAACUGCGGCGCGCAAGCGUACGCGUGGGAAAUCAGUAAAUUCCAAUUCGUCCUCCGAAGAGGAUGUAUCUCGUAAACGGUCUAGGAGAGGUAGUUCUAGAAAAUCUGCUGGUGCAUCAUUGCAGCGAUCCUCCUCUAUGUCUAAUGGGAAUAUUUCUAAUGGCAGUGAUAAUACAAACAAUGGGGACGUCAGUAUAAAUAAGCCAAUAAAGCCUAGGCUUCCCAGUCAUAGGACUAGUAUAUCCGAGAUGAAGAGAAGGAUAAGUGCCAUAUUGGAAUUCCUGUCGCGAACACAAGUGGAAUUCUCACAGAAUGAAUUGGGGAAAGAACAAUUAGUUCAGUUUGUUGAGAAUGAUGAAUUUAUAUCGAAGAUCAACACUAUAUUCAAGGAUUAUGAUCAAUCACUAAAGAUGAUGGAUUCUUUAACUAGGAAGUUAUUGCUAUGGGAGCAAAAAUAUGCUGAUAAGGGGUCAGCAACUUAA